AAUACUUCAAAUAUUCAUAUAUUAAAAUAUUGAAUACCUAUUUUAAGCAAGAAGAAUUAAAAUUAACAUUUUAGAUUCCUUGGAAAAAUAUUUAAAUAAAUGAAAACAAUUAAUAUGGACAACGCGUUAUGGCUUUAACGGGAAAUGCAAUUAGUAUUGGUCAAAAUUUCAUUUAUGCGGCUUUUGUUGGGCUGCAUAAUGACGUCAUCACCCUGCGCAUGUUUUAAAAAGGUCCCCCGGUUUAUCCUGCUGCUAUGCACGUGAGCACUGUGACUGCUAACUUACUGACCUUUCUCGUGGCCCACACUAGCCAAAAAGCUCGUUUUAUUUUCUUGUAUAACGUUAAUAGAUUAUUUAGUUGCGGUUUUAUUCAUCUGCCGUUUGAACAAAAUAAAUUAAUGAUGGAGCAAGCGGCUAAAAACAUAGAAACCCUUUCAGACGACAAGGAGCCAGCGGGAGAAACUACGACAACAAAACAUGGAAAACGCAAGAACGAGGAGCUGGAUCAACCGGAGACAAGUGGCCGGGGUAAGAGGCGCAGAGGAGCGGGAGGGAAGAAGCUCCGUCCGGGCGAAAGGUACAUCCCCCCUCCGCAGAAACGUAACCCGGGCGUCAGCUUCAACCAGGAGCACUUCGACGAGACGUCCUACUACUUUGAGGACGGGCUUCGUAAGGUGUACCCAUAUUACUUUGAUUUUAAAACCUACUGCAAAGGCCGGUGGGUCGGGAAGAGUCUCGCGGAAGUCUUUAAAAACGAGUUCAGAGCUGAGUCCAUAGAGUAUUAUCAGGAAGCGGCCAAAGAGGGUCGCAUCCGGCUCAACGAGACCCCUGUGGAGGACCUGUCCGUGGUGCUCAGGGAUAAUGAUCUCAUGAGGAACACCGUGCACCGCCACGAGCCACCUGUGGUCGGCACGCCCCUGCAGAUUCUGGUGGACGACGGUGAAGUUCUUGUGGUUGACAAGCCUGCUUCUAUUCCUGUCCACCCCUGUGGUCGCUUCCGCCACAACACUGUGAUUUUUAUCCUGGGUAAAGAGCAUGGCAUCUCUGAACUCCAUACAGUCCACAGGCUGGACCGGCUCACCUCAGGAGUCCUGCUGUUCGCCAGGACGCUGGAGACUUCAAAGAAGCUGGAUCGUCUGGUGCGAGACAGACAGCUUGAGAAGGAGUACGUGUGUCGAGUAGAAGGAGAGUUUCCUGAGGGUGAGCUGGUCUGUGAGGAGCCCAUUCUGGUUGUUUCUUUCAGAGUUGGCCUCUGCCGAGUCGACCCGAAGGGAAAGGAGUGCCGAACUGUUUUCCAGAGGCUGAGUUUUAACGGAAAAACAAGUGUUGUCCGCUGUUUCCCCCUCACCGGACGUACACAUCAGAUCAGGGUCCACCUUCAGUUUUUGGGGUUUCCUAUCCUCAAUGAUCCCAUCUAUGGGUCCUCGGCUUGGGGUCCUCACAGGGGCAAAGGGGGGCUUGUUGGUAAGAGCAAUGAGGAGCUACUGAAGGCUUUAGUUGAAGAACACCGUUCUCAGGAAAGUUUGCUCCUGCUAGACAUGGACGACUGCGUAGGAAUUACUAAAGAGUCAGAGAAGUUGUUUGAGGUGACGGACAAACUAGAAGGAUUCUCUGAAUCUGUGAAAAGUGGAGAAAGUUGUCAAGAACGAAAAGGAGACGGAGUCGAUAACAAGCUUGGUAACACAGAAAAUGAGUCCAUCAAAGAGCCCCAGAACCGUUUAACAGCUGAGUCCACCGUAGACUCAACCCAAACACACGAGUCCACACAGAAAACUCCUCCAGGAACCCGAGACCGCCUGUGUAGUGAAUGUAAGCUGGUGCGACCAGAUCCCACUAAAAAGGAGCUCAUCAUGUACCUCCAUGCUUUACGCUACAAAGGAGCUGACUUUGAAUAUAAAACACGGUUACCGGACUGGGCCGAAGAGUCCUGGGAGGAGAACACCCAGAGCCCAUCAGAUAGACGCCACUGAGGCUUUUUGUUGAGUGGAAACAUUUACCUUUUUUUUUUCUUGAAGACCGUUAAAAUGAGGCUGGAACAACAAAAACUCAAACACCAGUUUGCUGGAAAAUAAAGGUUUUAUUUGUGAAAAAUUAA